CUGCGUCGAAUGUCCGCAAGCUGCCAGGCUGGAGAAUUGUUGUUACUGGAACUGGCUUCUCAACCGAUGAGCGUGAAGUCCUAAAGGAGUGGGUCCUGGAGCUUGGUGGUCAAUACAGCGGCGACCUUGUUUGCAAGAAAACCACCCACCUGGCUGUUAAGGACAUCUUAACGCAGUGCGGGAGCGUCAAAUACUACAGGGCGAUCCAGUGGGGCAUUCACAUUGUGUCUUUCCGCUGGGUCUACGAUUCGCUGCAAGCGGGUAGACUUGUAUCCACCGAGAACUACAAGUCUGAUGAACAGGGCCCUGCUUACGCCGCGCUUCGUGACGGCGUGGCUCGGCGGCGGCAGUACCUCUUAGAGCAGUUGGCCAUUGCUGAGGCCUUGUCCGCUGCCCGGCAACUCGGUGCCGCUGGGCAUACGGCCAAUGAGCAAUUGCAAGCGGCUGACUCGGAACAGUCGCAGCUGGCCGCUCGACAGCAGCAAGGGCGGGCCCCCCUCAAGGAGCUGAGCCCUAACGGCAGGCUUGGGGGGCAGGGAGAGGCUUCCGCAGCGCAAGAGGCAGCCGCUUCUGGCAAGCCGCCGCCGUUGGACGUAAGCUGCGCAGCUACCAGCAGCGCGAGCAAGAAGCUGCCGGCACAGCAGAAGCCCCACCAGGCGUCACCCCGCGGCGACUUUACGUUUGACAUUCCGCUAGGAACAGCGAAAAGCAUGCCCAGCCCGCGCAUAUGCGGCGCCGCUGAGCCUAACGAUUCGCUACGUCUGGGAGGGCAGCCACGGCAGGAUGCAGCUUGCCAGGAGGCUACCGGUAACGCAGCAGACAAUGAUUCCGCUGCGGCUGAGGGGCAACCGCAGGAGGAACUCGUGCAGGACCCAGAACAAAUGCAGGCCAAGGCGGUUCCAGAGGCCUCUGUCGAGAUCAGCUUCUCCAAGUUGGGCCACUCCGACACCAUAACCGUUUCCGCCGAUACGGUUGUCACAGCCGGCGAUGGCAUUGAGGAUGACAACCGCACUCCCACCUCCGGCGUCAGCGCUGACGACCCAAAUGUGACCCACCGUACCGCUGCUGUACAGCCCUUGCCCCUGGACCUGGAGCGCGGUGCCGCAGGUUCGCCUCGAAUCGACAACUGCUACGGAGAAGCAACUGGCGAGGUCUCAGACGAGGUUUCCACUCCUCUAAGUACGGCACCCGGGGAGCCGCAAACCGGCGAUCCGUCCAUCGACUGCAUCGACCUGCUGACACCAGGCGAUGUGGUGGCGCCCGCUGCUCCUGCCGACCUCCACCCCCAAAGCGCUGCGGCAGCGCAAGGGCGACCGCCGCCCCGACCACCAGCCUUGCUGUACAGCGCCUUUGACACGGAGCUGGCUGACAUAGCAACCGCCAGCAAGGGCCGCCGGUUGGUCCGGAAUGACCGCAUGAAGGCCACCAACGCAGAUCAGCUGCCUGCACCCGCAAGCGCCGAGGCGGAUCAGUCCCUAGAGGAUGACCUUGAGGACGAUUUGGAGGAUGACGAGGCUCCUGCAGCGGCAGCUGGCGGUUCUGCUCAGGCCAGGGAAAUAGCAGGUCCUUCAUGUGCGGGUCCUUCGCGUGCAGGAGCCGCCGCAAGCCGGUGUGACGGAGUCCCACUGCUGGCAGCCGCAGCAGCGCCCCCUCCCCGCCCAUCACUGGCAAACAGCUCGGUGUCUGUGGAAAACCUGCGCAGCAUUUGGCAGCAGCGGCAACAGCAACAACAGGCGCAUGAGGGUGCAGGAGCUGCAGCUGCGGCUGCCCCAAGUCACGAGCAAGUUGCAAGACCAACGGCAGCCAGGGCUGCGGGAGCGCGCGCUCCAGUUGCGCGCAUCGCAGUCGCAAGCGCGGCAGCGUCUGAAAGCUGCAGCAGGCCUGGCCGGCCCGCGGCGCAGGUGCCUGACAGGUCACAACCGAACAUUCCGCAAACGCAGGAGGUCCGCAACCCAAAUCAGCCGCAAGCAGCAACAGCAGCGCCCGUGCGUGUGAAGUCCGAACCAGGCAGCGAAGGCUACCAGGGCGCCCAUGCCGCCGCGGCAGCGGCUCCCCCGGCUAGUGGUCAGCACCAGCGCCAGGCUGGCAGUGACGUACAGGCCCAGCCUCGGGCUGCGGGUCGGUCCCAGAUGAGCAGCCGAGCGGCUCCCAUCCAUCACGUUGGUGCGGCAGCUGCCGCUCCCGCAGCAAGCGUCCCACCGCCGGCGCUGGCCCCCUUGGCUGGUGUUGUUGUCAAGCAAGAGCCGGGCUUGCUCGCAGGCUCUGCGGACAGCAGCAAACGGCCUUCCGCAAGACGCAGUGCCGCGGCCCUGGCGACUACGUCUCUGGUUUACGAGCCGGACCCUAUGGCCUCCUUGCCGGAUGGCUCGGUUUCCAAUCGUGGCCGCCGGUUGGCGCCCGUGGCUGAGGCAGCUCCUGACUGGGCCAACGUGGACGAGGUGGAUGCGUCUGGCUACGAGAGCUCCACGUCUGCAGGAAACACCCAGUCCGUCAUUGACUUUGUGGACGCCCUGACGCCCAACACCGACACGGAUGUCCGCCACGGCCGUGACGACUCGCUGCCGGAUCCCCAGCUGACGCCGGAGGAGCAGGUCACUCCAGACGGCUCCAAUGGGGCAAACCAACAGCAGCAGCAGGAGGGGGAGGGGGGACCCAGCGGGGGGCGGGGCCACGUGGGCCCGCAGGCGGGACCGGCUACCAUCAAGCGGAUCCUGCAGAACCAGAUGGCGGGCAGGACGCCGCUGGCCUCCUCAAAGGCCCGGAUUAUCAGGCCUGGUAACAUGUAUGAGUCUGACAGUGAGACAGACGGCGUUACCCCUGCCGCCCACGUCCUGCGCCGAGGAGUCACUUCUGCCAGGCAGCGAUCGCGACCAGCCCGCCCGCACGCCGCCGACAGUGGCAGUGAGACCGCUACCGACGCUGAUGACGACGACUCUGGAGACGACGAUGACCCCGUCUCUGCCAGCACCGGCCGAGCUCGCCGACUCGAGCCUGUAACCGCGACAAGGGUCCCGACCAUGUCGCAGGCUUCCUCCCUGGUCGUCUCACAGCAGCGAGCAGCUUCCAGCGAGGGGUCAUGGCUGCAGCCUGAGCUUACUGAGGACCGCAGCGUCAGCAAGUUCCUGCGCCAGUCCGUCCGCAUGACGCAGGGGUACCUGCUAGGGCUGCGGCGGGGAGGUGGGGGUGGUGCGCUGUACGACAGCGACGUGCGUGUGGUGAAGCCGCUCGGCCGACCCAAGAACCAUUCCGUGCGGACGCAGCACCCGGACGUGGUGCUGAAGACGGUGGAGUUUGCGGCGCGGAUCUGUGUGGAGCCGCUCAAGCUGGAGCUCAAGUGCCGCGACCGGAACAAGCUUGACCAGUGCCCUAUCAUUGCCCUCGGCAGCACCGGAGGCGGCGGUUCGAGCGACGGGAGGCCCUCCGAAAUCUUCCUGGCCGAGCCGGUCAACUUCUACCGCCUGCCAUCGGGCGAGUGGUGGCUCGAGUACUACCGGUUCUUCUCCGAGAGCGACCUGGGCGCUAUGGCCAACGCCACCGGCCUCGAGAUAUGCGUUCCCUCGGACUUCAUGCGGCGCCGGGAGCUGCUGAAGGACACCGACCCGUCGCACUGCAGGCUUACGUGUGUGCGAGGCGGCCUGGGCGUUUCUCAGUGCAAGGUGCUGCCCACCAAGAAGGGCGGUCGCUCCGCCGAGCAGCGCGCCUUCUACCGCUACGUGUUCGACAAGCACAGUGGAAAGGUAGGGGGGAGUGUCAUGCACUCAUGCAGGGCGCCUAGCACCAUUGGGGGCAUUUAGCAUGGUUGCCACAGCGGCACGAGGGGUCUGGACUGGGGAGCAUUGCAGCAAUUGUUGGGUAUGACGUGGGUGCAGUGUUUCUCUGCGGUGCUUCCGUACCCAUACCUGACCUUCCACGCAUCCGCGUACAUUGCAGACGCUGACAAGCACGGACGUCAGGGACCUGGUCUUUGACGGGUAGACGCAGCCGGCGACAUGGCUGCUCGCGGCGGGGUACGGUGCUGGAAGGCACCUUCUUACGGCAACGCUUCACAAAGCUGAAGACCAAGACAAGACAUGGUCCCGUGGUGCCUGUUACCUGUUCCUGUCCCAUGUUUUUCUGCGGGCUAGUACGAUCCCCCGCCUUGUGGGGUUCGGUCCGCGCUUCAUUGCAUUUGUUUUACGACGGUUAGCAGGACAAUGGGUCUGAAGGGCGUCCUUUUGCAUGGUGACACGGGGGUGACGGGGCUGCUCCGUCGUCAUGCAUGCUACCCUUUGGUGACCCCUUGACACGCUGUGUAUGCAAUUAGGACACAAGGGGCUGCAGGAGGCGUUUUGCACCAAGGAACUGCGCGCGGGUGUGUGUAACGUGUAGGAUGUCCCGCGCAGCUUUGUUCGCCCCUGGCAGGUUGGGUCUUCGACUAGGAUUACCGUGGGAUGGCCUACCCCUGGAGAUGCGAGUUGAAAGAUAUUCAGUCAACGACCGCAGCGGUGAAAUGGUCUUAUAGAUAAGGGCAGGCGUGCGUCCCUAGGGUCACUUUGGACCCUCUUAACUGUGGGGUGUCGACCAUUGAUGGGGUCUCCGCGGCGUAUACAUGCAUCUGGUGACCGUACGGCAUUUUGGUAAAAAAGCAUGCAUGCGACUUGUAUCAUGAACGCGUAGGAGAUGUGUCUUGCGUGGCACGCCCAGAAAUGUAUUACCAUAAUCGAUUUAUGUAACCACUCGCCAACG